AAAUUAAUUCACGAAAGGUUUGGUUUUUAAGUAAUUUAAUAGCGCUGUUUUGAACUGCAGAGGUUAUAGAGCUUCGAAUGAGACUGAAAAUGAUAGAUAGUGAGUACGGAAUGAUUCAGGAGAAUGUGCUGUGGCUUCCCCCAGAGUGUUAUACCGGUAUUCGCUUGGACACACACUGUAAAAACCCAUAAAAAGUUUUUGCCAUCUUUACUGUCGGGAGGGGGGAAAGUCGCUCAUAAUAAUUUGUUGGAGAGCUGCUUAUCAGAAUUGUGUGAUGUAGAGGAAAAGGGAGGAAUCAUUUUGAAACAAGAUCGCAGUUUACGAGGCGGAAUAGCUCAGACUCUACGGCUUGGACGAAGGACUCGAUUCCCGGCCGGAAAAGUUCUUUUUGUUCAUCUUUGGGGUCCUUCCAGUCUCCUCUCCAUUCGGUACAACAUUUUCCCACAGGUUAAAAGAGCUUUUGAUCAUUCACUUGCAAUGAACAGCGGGGUCUAGAAAGUGGAGAUCUAUCACAACGUCUCCAAGGAGCGGUGUUCAGAUACACAGACAGCUUUACCUUUAAAAGUCAUAACGCAAUGGCGAUUGCACGGUAUGAGGGACGCACACGUUAGUCACGUGACCGUAUUCCAGCUGGGACAUAGGUUGUUGUCCUUGUGAUGACAGUCUUUGCAUUUGGCUGAUUCUCCUUACCGAAUGUCGCUCUACAGAGGUUGGUACUCCGUGUUCGGGAGGUCCCUGGCGCGAAUCUCGGCCUGGACGUCCAAGAAUGCACAAUGGCAAACAUGUUUGUCCGUCUGUCUCAUCUCUGAAACUGUUUGACUGACUGUGAUUAAAUUUAUACUGGCGAAUUUAAUUUUUUUGUACUUACCGGCUCAGUGUGGUUCGAAGGGUAAUAUGAAAUAUCUGGAUACGAUGUCGUUUGUUUACGUAGGACUGCUAGUGAACUUCGACCACUUCCAAAUUUUGAGGGCGAUUGGGAAAGGUAGCUUUGGUAAGGUGUGCAUAGUGCAGAAGAAGGACUGUAAGCGCAUGUUCGCCAUGAAGUACAUGAACAAGAGCCAGUGCGCGGAGAGGGAAGCCUUGAAGAACGUUCUGCGAGAGGUCGAGAUACUGACCACCCUGGAGCAUCCGUUUCUCGUCAAUCUUUGGUUCUCUUUCCAAGAUGAGGAGGACCUUUUCAUGGUGUCAGACCUUCUGCUGGGAGGAGACCUGCGCUACCACGUGCAACAGGAAGUGACGUUCAGCGAGGACUGCGUCAAACUUUACGUGUGUGAACUGGCCCUCGCUCUGGAUUACCUGCAGAGCAAGCGAAUCGUCCAUAGGGACAUCAAACCAGACAACAUUCUGCUAGACGAAGAAGGUCAUGCACAUAUCACUGACUUCAACAUUGCAACAGUCUUGGAGAAUGGCGAGCUAGCUACUUCCAUGUCAGGGACGAAACCCUACAUGGCCCCAGAGAUAUUUGAAUGUGCAGCGGACGAAUGUGUCGGAUAUGGCUUCCCCGUGGACUGGUGGUCACUGGGUGUUGUAGUCUACGAAAUGUUUUAUGGUGUACGCCCAUUUGAUAUCCACUCGGCUACAUCAGUGAGUGAAGUUCGAGGGUUAUUUGUUGCUGGUGCGGUGUAUCCAAGGUCCUCUAGAGCCAGCCACGGAUUUGUUGAUCUCAUGGAUAGGUUAUUAUUUGUAAGACCUGGAGGCAGAAUAAGCUCUGUGGAAGAGCUCAGGAAGGUACAGUGCCUUCGUGAUAUUAACCUGGAGUCUGUGUUGGAGAAACGAAUAAAGCCUUCUUUUACACCACCAAGGGACCAUCUGAAUUGUGAUCCUACAUUUGAAUUGGAAGAAAUGAUCGUAGAGACUCGGCCUUUGCACAAAAAGAAGAAACGCCUUGCAAAGCAACGUUCACUACGUGAAAUGCAGGGUUCGCCCAGUGUUGACUUGGAUGGGAGUGGGGAGAUGAUGACAGAACGCUAUAUUCAACACCUUCCUCAGUUCCGGGUAUACAAUCGAGAGCAAGAACUCGCACGUCGGGAGAGAGAACAGAAAGAAUCAGCAUGGGAACAAGAGCUACUUCAAGCCAUGAGGGCCUCUGACCCAACAGGGUCACAGGAUGCUAGCAGUGGGGAUCAUAAAGUAUCAGCCAGUGAUACCACAGGCAGAGUAGUAAUUCCCGGAGUAGGCUUACCGGACACAGACACUACUCCAGGUGAAAACAGGGGAUGGCAGGUUUCUAAGAGUGGGAAUUGUACAAGUACAGUUACUCCAACUGUGGACCAGACUAUUAGAACUGGUUUUAUCAGCAAUUUUAUUAGAAGAGACGAGACUGGUCGAAGGCACUCAGAUCAGUCUUAUAAAGGCACGUGCACAAAAGUCCUACCCCUUGUCAGGAACAAAAGUGAAAUUACAUCUUGUGGAGAUGACAUGCCCCAAGAGACUACAAGCCACUGUAAGUAUAAUGAACUUAGUGAAAAAGUAUACAAGGCUUCUGACAAUGGUUCAGGAAGCUCAGUAAAAGAUCCUGAACACUGUGGAUCAUGUCCUAAAUUAUUCACAACAGAACAGUCCACUUCGAAGUCAAAUUUAUCCUCAGAGCCAUUAUAUGACCAGGAUGUUCUAGAAGAAAAUGUUACAUGCAGAAAUCAACAGAAAACCUGUAUAGUGCCUGAAAGUGCAGUACACCUGGAUAAUAAUUAUAAGUGCCAAAUUGCAGACAAAGACAGUACAAAUUAUUUCCACAUUCAAAGUCAGAUCCUGGACAAUUGUCAGCUGUAUGAAACAAGGACGAGUGUUAAAGAGCAAUAUAAGGUUAAGGAACAAAGUAUUCAAAAUGACACAGUUAGUAAUAUUAUAGAUCACAACUUGUCUCAAUAUCAGGGCAAUUCUGCAGCUGUGAACCAAAAUAUUGAAUGCAGUAAACCUGGUUCUUCCAAAAGUCACUUGGAUCCAACAUGAUGUAAGAUGUAUGGCUGUUAAUUUGAUAGAGUAGAAUGUAAUUUUUAACUGUGUGGAAGCCUGUAUACCUCAUGCAGCCGAAGCUUACUGGUUGAGGAUGGUUAGAAUGCAAAGUAAUAAUAGGCGUGAGGAAUGGUUUCAGGUAGUCGCCUCUGUGCGCAUGCAUUCUAGACCUAGGAAUUAGAUGCAGGUCAUUAAUCAGCUUCAUUGUCCAAGCACAUAAACUCCCAGGAAAAUAACCCCAGUAUGCAUCUGGUACGAGAUUUGUAAGCUGGCCUGGACGUAAUGUCAAAGAGAGAAAUCAUGUCAGUGCCAGAGACCAGUCACAUGUCCUCAAGAUCAAACAAUAGAGUUAAAACUGAGUAGACACAAAUCAUAAAAUUUUUGAAGCUGGAUGCUGACGGCAAUUCUUUUCGGCACAUGGCGACUGAAAAUAUCACAUCUAAUUUGGCUGUCUUUCCACAUGCUUUCAUGUUGCAUAUAACGUAUAAAAUAUUGGAAUUGAUCUCUUCUGCCCUAAAUAUCUGUGAUGGAUGACCUGAAUGCAAAUAAACUUGAUGUUCAUUUUCUUUACACGCGUCAGGGUAACAAUUUUUAAACUAACAAAAUGUAAUUUGUUAGUUACCAUGGAGUUGUACAAUGAGAGUGGGAAGGUGUAGUAUUUUCCAUUUGCAGUCAAGAAUAAUUAAUUUUAAUAUCUAUGUUAAGAAUCAUCCAUAGAAGAUUGUAAAUAUAUAUAUAAAUUAAUCUACUCAUAAAUAUUUAAUUACUUUUCACAGUUUGCCACUGAAAUUUAGGGUACAAACUAACCUGAGGAUGAAGAUCAGACCCAACUACUGCUCAUAUUCAUACAGAAGGAAUGGGUAAAAUCUGGAUUAAUAGCUUUGAGACUAAUUACUGUAGAUGAUACUGUAAAGACAAAAGUCCUAGUGUUUAGGGACAAUAAUUGUUCCUAUAAUAUUCAAUGAUAUGUAUCAAAUGACCAGGCCUAUGAUAAUCUUUCAAACCAGAAGAUAUGUAAGCACCUGUUGAAGUCCCCUUCAGUAACACUGCAGGCACUCUGCUAGUACUGUUUGAAAGGUCUGGAACUCAGUUCAAAUGGCUAAGUUGGAAUAACAGCAGUAGAGGUACAUAGUCUAACAUAAUGAAAUAUAUGUUAUGAAAUGAUUAUGUGUAUUUCAGCACUGAUAAACAGAAGACAAACUCAGAAUCUGA